AUGUCGCAGAUGGGAUUUGAAAAUGUGUUCUAUUUGGAAAACUUUGAGUGCGCUGGCGACGAGGUGCUGGUGGAGUCGUCGCCGCCCGCCUCGCCCGACAUGGCGGCGCAACUCGCUGCGCCCGCACAGGGGGACGGCGCGGGCGGUGACGCUUCCCCGUCGGCCGUGCGCGACCUCAUCGUCAUACCGGAGAUAUCCAACUCCAUGCACCUGCAGCACGCCAUACAACAGGUGUCCAGCUCCGUGGUGGACGUGAACGGCGACAGCUCCGGCAACUCCAGCCCCUCGGCCGACGCGCAACACACCUACAUCACCGUCGCAAUGCAGGGCUCGUGGUGCUCCGACGCGCCCGCGACACGGAUCAAGAACGAGCACCUCAGCGACCACGAAAGCGAAGGCGGUACCGGUGUCAACUACCACGUGCAGUAUGUUACCGAGCCGCAGGAGAUAUACACCCAAGGUCACCAAACCACUAUGGAGACGCUGCGCUCGUACCCGGUGUACGGCGUGGCGACGGUGGGCGCGGAGGGGUCCUCCGGCGACAACGGCUGGGGCGGCGCCUCCAACGCAGAGUACGCCGCUUAUGGGGUCGUCGUGGCGGGGGACGAGGCGGAGGCGCCGGCGUCGCCCGCCACGCCGCAGCCGCCGCGCAUGCCGCCCGCCACCGUGCAGUGGCUGCUCGACCACUACGAGACCGCGGAGGGCGUGUCCCUCCCUCGCUCGACGCUGUACUCUCACUACCUGCGUCACUGCGCGGCGCACCGGCUGGAGCCGGUGAACGCGGCGUCGUUCGGCAAGCUGAUCCGCUCGGUGUUCGUGGGGCUGCGCACGCGCCGGCUCGGCACGCGCGGCAACUCCAAGUACCACUACUACGGCAUACGCGCCAAGCCCACCGCCAACAACGACGUGCACCACGACGCGCACGACGAUAAGACGGAUGUGCUCGAUGCGCAGGAGGGCCGGUCUCGUUCGAGCGAGCGCGAGGCGGCGUCGAGCCCGGCCAGCAGCGGCGGCGGCGGCGGCGGCGCGGGCGGCGGCGCGUACCGCCAGUACCUGGGCGCCGCCGCGCCGCCCGACCCGCCCGACCUGCUGGCGCGCGACCUGCCGCCCGACGUGCCGCCCGCCGCGCUGCACGCGCUGCGCCGCCACCACCGCGAGCACGGCGCGGCGUUCCUGGAGGCGGUGGGCGCGCUGGACACGGCGGGCGUGGAGCGGGCGCGGCGCGCGUUCUGGCGCGGCGGCGGCGGCGGGCGGGGGGGAGGGGCGACGCUCUGCCGCCGCGUGCUGUGGCGGCUGGCGGCGCGGCGCGACGUGGCGCGGUGGCUGCGCGCCGCCGACCUGCAGCUGCACCAGCGCGCCGUCGACCUGCUGCUGCCCGACGUGCUGCGCCCCAUCCCGCCGCAUCUCACGCAGGCGAUCCGCAACUUCGCGAAGAGCGUGGAGGCGGCGGUGUGCGGGGGUGCGAGCGGGGUGCCGGCGGCGAGCGCGCGCGCGCAGGCGGCGGCGGCGGGCGCGCUGGCGGCGGCGCUGCGGCGCUACACCUCGCUCAACCACCUCGCGCAGGCCGCGCGCGCCGUGCUCACCAACCACCACCAGAUACACCAGAUGUUGGCAGAUCUGAACCGCGUGGACUUCAGAGUGGUUCGAGAGCAAGCGGCGUGGGCGUGCUCGUGCGGCAGCGCGUCCACUGCGCAGAGACUUGAGGCAGACUUUAAGGCGACGCUAGGUCGCGGCGCGUCGCUGGAGCAGUGGGCGAGCUGGCUGGACGCGUGCGUGCGCGCCGCGCUGGCGCCGCACGAGCGCGCCGAGCACGAGCCCGAGCUCGCCGAGCACGCCGAGCGCGCCGAGCGCGCCGAGCACGCCGAGCACGCCGGCUACACGGCGCGCGCCCGCCGCCUGCUGCUCGACUGGUCCUUCUACUCCUCGCUCGUCAUACGCGAACUCACGCUCCGGUCUGCGGCGUCGUUCGGCUCGUUCCACCUGAUCCGGCUGCUGUACGACGAGUACGUGUCGUACCUGAUCGAGCGGCGCGUGGCGGCGCACAAGCGCGUGCCGCCCAUCGCCGUCAUGCACCGCGUGCUGGAGGAAGACGACGAUCUGUCUGAGGACAACAUGCGCGCCGACGUGGAGGAGGAGGAGGGGGAGUGGGAUUGGGAGGACGAGGAGGAAGACGACGACGACCCGAUCGAGUGCAAGAAGUCCAAAAUGCACUGCGAGUGAUCAGCUAGUCAAGCCACGCUUACACCGAGCACGUACUACAUGCAGGUAUGACGUCACACAUGCUGCAAUCUAGAAGUCCAAGAAACAUUGCGAGUGAACCGCCCAGUAACGCCGCGUUCAUACUACACGUACUUGCACGCAAGUAUGACGUCACAUGUGUAUGUUAGUACCAAACAAACUACACGUUACUCUUGCGGGUUGCAGGGUAAGCUUUUCUACUAAUCGAGCUGCAGACAACUUGCGCUAUAGAAAUGUGGCUUUAGUGCCAAAUAUGUGGUCGCUACAGCCGAUAGCGAGAAGACGGAAUCACGCGCCGGUCUCCAGACACUAGACUCAAGCUAAUAUCCGUAGUCAUCGUUCGAGUAGAUACAAAUACUAAUUAAUUUAUCUGCCCCGUUUUUAAAAAAAACAGCUAAACAUAUUAUAUAGGUAAUAUAUGUUGCUUUUUGGAAAAAUUGUAUCCAAUAGAAAUUAUAUAUUAUAAUAGUUUAAUUUGCUGUAUAUUUAAAUGACAAGUCGAAACCGCACGCAUUAUAGCAACUACUUGAGGAAGUCCAAAGACCACAGUAGAUAAUUUUUAAAAUAUUUUCCUUCAUGGUGUCCAUUAUAGUACGUAAGUAUACACUGUCUUUAGAGUAAACUGAAGUUAGUCGGAAUAGGCGUCGUAAAGUGUCAAAUGACUAACUUCGGUCUACAUGAAUUAAUGUGUGGGUUAUACGUACAAUGGAAUAAGAGCUAUUUCCAAUUGCUCCAUUUUAUAUAUAUGUCGAUUAAAAUGUACCAUUUUAUAGUUAGGUUUCAAAUUUCUGAAUGUGCUGAGGGAUGGUACAUUAGAGUCAUAACAGUGCAAGCUAAGGUAGUGCGAACUCACUACGGAAAAUGUAUUUUAUAACCAUAUUAGAUUAUAAAUAAAGUUAAGAUUGUCGCACUUGAAAAUAAGAAAUAUUUAAAUUAUAUGAUAGAUGGGUAUAUAAUAUUGAAAUUUUAGGAUGAGUCCGUAAAUUCAACCUUGAAAAUGAUUGUGAACGAACAACAAUUUGUAAUCUUUUUAAAAAUACUAUUUCAAAACAGAACAAUGUUUAGAAAAACAACUUGAAGUUUCAUUCGACUAAUUCGAAGUUGGUUCUAUACAUCUUCAACCUUACAAAUAAUUGCAGUGGUCAUAUUUAGACACUGAAUCAUAUUGUCUUUUUAUAAUACAACAUCGCAUUAUAGAAUUUUUGUACGUUCGAUUGGCUUCACGCCAGGCACGUACUCAGAAUUUGAAAUAUGGGAAUAAAAAUUCAGAAAAUGUCCUCUGCAAAUUCUAGUGAUUUAUCUAAAGUGAUUAAACUACCAGAUAAUUUUAACAUAAGUGUGACAACAUAUAGUAACAGAACUAUAAUCUACAUAAUACAUUGGUAAGACUAGUUACGUAGUAAUAAACUAAUUGUUGUUACUUUAGUUUUAUACGUAUUGCGUACAGGAUAUAAUAUUCAUAUCGGAGUAUAUGUGUAGAAAUUUUCAGUUUUAAUAUAAGAUAUUUCAUACUAAUUUUAUAUAUUUAAAUAACUGGACCAUGGUAUCAAAAUAUACAGACAAAUAUAAUUGGUACCAAUAAAAUAGAUCAUAAAAUGUAGCAUACUGUCCACUCUUAAUAAUACCAAGCUAAUAGUUUUAAUUAUAUGGUUGUACACUUUUGUCGUUAAAUUUUGUCAUCAAUGAAUCACUAAUUGGGAUGCAUUAAGAUAGUCGUAGGUUUCGAGUUUAGGUCAGUCUAUUCUAUUCGUGCGUGAGUUUACAUUCGCCGGUAGUUUGCAAUUUCGUCAUAGACAAGCGUACGAUAAAUAUUACAAUAAAUCUUAUAUUCCAUUAUUAUAUUGUAAAAAUAUAUUUUUAUGUAUAAAUGUUGUGUCCAGCCGCGUAUUCGGUGUUUAAAUAAGUUAGGAUAUACGAUAAUUACAAAUAACUUCAUGUGCCUAGAUAAGUUAAUGAUGUAUUUAUUUGUGUUUCAUGGGGGGUCACGUCCCCUCCAUGUUUCAGUGGAGACGUGUUUGGACACAUUUAAAAAUUGCCAGUGUUUUUAGAUUACAAAUAUUUUUAUGACCCUCCUUUCUGAUAUGUAGAUAUUGCAGCUUUUGUUUCAUUAGAAUUAUUUUAAUGAUUUUUUUUAUGAAAAUAUCCACAUAAAAAUAUUCCCCUCGCCAAUAAACUAUAUUGAUCAGUGUUUGCAACUAAAUUAGUUUUUGUCACAUCUCCCACUUCAAAGAGUUUGAGAAUAAAAGUGACCAUAGAUUUAUUAAGUUCACCAUUGAUUAAAGCAGUUUAUUGGUUUACGGGUUAUGUUUAAGAGAAAUUAUUUAUUUGGUGUUAAAAUUUUGCCACCACAAUGCUUUUAUCUUGCAAAUACGCAGCGGCCAGUGGCGGUUCAGCUAUUUAAAUAAAACAAUAACUACAAAGUGAUAGGAUGCUGAAGGUUUAAUAAGCUAUGUCACAUUUCACUAUUCAUGUUCCUUCUCCAUAAUGUCAAAUUACACUCACACAUACAAAUUACCUUUAGUGUUUAUAGGAGGUGGAAACCAAAUACCUAUUACAAUAAAAUUCACACAUUAACAUAUCUUACUCUUUACACUAUAGUCCAGAAUAUAUAAAAUAUAGUUGCUCUAUUCUUAACUGGUUGAUCCUGAUCCGCCACUGGCACCUCGUUAUGUAUAGAAUAUCUAAGUUAUUGUAUAUCUAAAUACACCAAAGAAUGUAUUUUUGUGACAUCUCGUUCCUAAUACGAGGAUAUAAUGAAUAUACUUAUAUAAUUUAUCUAGAAUAUUAUUUCUACCUCCGGGUUUACCAGAUACUAUUAUGCAGCCAUUUUGCAUUUGCUUUCUUUUUAAACACGUCUAGAUACAUCGACAUUUUGUAAUGUUUAGAAUUAGUUAUCUCGAGUGCGUGUACUGCAUCAUCUGCAUAGGAUUUAUUUGUUAGUUUUUAUGGGAAUCUACUAAUCACUACGAUCAGUGAAUUUUGCUAACCUUGUGUGUGUGGAUAUAUCGGCUUACAAUAAUUGUAGUGGGGAAUGUAAUUUUUUUUACAAGAAUUCCAAUUCCUAUAAAAAGUGUGAAUUCAGUAGUCGGCUAGCAAUUAUUAGUAGGACAUUUUUCUCUACUUUUCACCAGCGAAUGUGCUUCUAGACGUGUUUAUAACCAUAUUGUUUACCAUCAGUAGUUAGAAUCAACUGUAAUCAUGUUUUUUGUAUAAUGACCACAACUUAGAACCGUUGAAAAAUACGUAAGCUACACAAUAUGGCCGCACAAGGGGAAAGGCCGCGUAAUUUUUAAAUCCUGGAAUAAGACUUUACUGGACCUUAUGUGCAUUUGAUGUAUUUUAUUCAAAGGUUCUUGUGACAGUCCUGUAGAGUGCAUUUUUAAAUUAUGUUUAAGUAAGAAUUUUAUCGAGGUUUUUAGCGUUUCUUGAUUUACGCGGUUUUUUCGUGCACGGCUUGUAGUCGCCUUAGUGACGUGAAUGUUACCCGACGGCCUAAGUCACCACACUCAGCGCUGUAAGUAGGGCAUUAGCGCAUAAUAUUUGUUUAGAGAAAAAGUUUUCACCAUGGAUCGGUAGUAUUUGUCUGGUGAGACGAAGAAAUUUACCUAAGCGGUUGAUGAUUUUAGUCAACUGCGACUCCUUCGAUUGUUGAGAUCAGAAUUGUCUUGCGGCGAUUCAGUAUCGAUUGACGUUUCAUUUGACAAGAGUGCGGCGAGGUCCUGAUUGUGAUUUUUUAGGUUGUUGACAGUGGGGGGUCUGCGCCCCUAUUGCUAGACCCUAAUUACGGCGCUGAUCACUUUUCAUAAUAAUAAAGUAUGUUGUAAUGUUAUUGUAAUUUAGUAAACAGUAUUUUGUGAUUGUAUAAUAUUUGCCAAACAACGUGACAUAUUGUAAUUUGACCCUGUGCUGGUACCUACGUGUCUUCUGGUCAGAGGCUCUUAUUUAACCUCUUUUGCUGAAAAAUAUAGACUGAAUUUCCAGCUGUUUUUGUCUCUUUUAGGGCGGCUAAGUGGAGAUUACUGCCGAAACCGACCCUUCGCAGUUUUUAUGGUCCUUAUAGCCUGACCAGGAAAAUAAUAAUCUUUGGAGCCGCCACUUUGAACGUUUUGUUUUAAAGUUAACGUUGUCAUAGUAAAAAAUCCUGGUCAGGCUAUAAUUUAGGUUCAGAAUCCCAUCAAUAGGUAUGAAUGCAGUAAGUGCUGGGGCGCUUUGAUGUUGAACCGAGCUCUUUAAAUUUUAACUUUUCUUUAAGUAAUUGUCACGUCGUUUGGCACAACUGCUGGUUGUGUUACGGAAUAAAUAGGGUAUACAGGAGUUGUGAAUGAUUUUUCUGACGUUGUACGUGCUGCGCAAAUAGUGACGUUUAAAUACAUGAUUUAAUUUAAUUCACAUUAUGUAUACUUAUUGUGUGUCAAAAUGAAUGACUACAAAAUGAAUUACGUAGCAAAGUUUGGGAGAGAUCAUCGAAAGUAAACGCUGCAGUUGUUAAGAAAAGAAUAAGGAAAGAAGUUCAAAUUAUUUAGCUAUUUGCGUUGCGUGUACAAUAUUAUGUCGGUAUGUAAAACAUUACUAUAAAGGCGUAUAUUGUUCAAUAUAAUAUGACAAUAGUUCAACGUACGGACAACAAAAUAUGUGUACGAUUAGUCGGAGUUUGUUCAACAGUGCCUACAGAAUAUUUAUUUUGUUAGUGAUUAAACAGUUAGAUAUUUCACACCAAUGCCUUCUUAUAGACGAGUGUUAUUUUAUCAGAUGGAAAUGUUUAUUUAUAUUUUUGCAUCGAUAAGUGGAAUUGCACUAGUGUUGUAGUUUAAGAUUUGCUCGUGAAGUCGAGGCGGGGGCGAGAAUGCAAACAGACGCAAAUAACUAGAAUUGAGUUUUGAAAUAAUGUCGUUUGACACUGCGCCCGCGCAUCUUUCCUUAUCAAUGCAAAAUGAAUUCCCUUUGGAAUUUUUGUAACGCACAAACUUCAAGAGUUGCAUGCUAUUUUUUUACUGUGCGAAGAAGAUAGAAAAGGUGCGCCUGCGUCUCGACCGUGCUUCGACUCGAUGUGUAAACGACUAGCUCAUACUACAUACAUGCGUUUAGUGACGAGCCGAUAUGGAGUUAAUAUAGUUUUUUUGUAAAUAUUAAAUGUACGUAAUGAGUGUCCCACAGCCUAGUUAAUGCGCUUUAUAGAACAAUUUACUUUUACCUACAGAUGUAGAGAAGCGAUAUCUUGUUGAUAAUGAUUUUGUUGCUUGUUUUGCAAUACGCGAGUAUGUUUGAAUGUAUGGAGACAAUGGCGUACCCAAGUGCACUAAUCAUUGAUUUUAUGUCCCUACAAUAAAAUAAGAAUCAAUAGUGUCGAUCUAUCUAUGUUGUUCUCUUUUUAAGGGAAAUCAAACAGUUUCAUAUUGACUUCCUAAUUUGUACCUCCUAUAUAACAAGAAGAUCUUAUAAAAAAAAAACAGAUAGAUAACUAACGGAAUAGUCCCUUUUCUACAUCAAAAAUUCUAUUAAGUUGGGUACGUCUUUGAAAAUCAAUUAUGUUUUCCUAUUUUUGCCACGUGCGUGGCCAAACGGUUGUUCAUGUAUUUUGGUAUAGUUAUCGUAAUUAUUAUAGUAACUUAGCGAAUACGUAUAAUUAUUGUGACUAAUUUUAAGGGCUUAAUUAUUUUAUUUUAGCUUUGGUCGCUGAAUAUUGCGAAUCCCACUAUUACGACAGUUUUUUUAUAGACUAUAUUGGUGGCGAUUAGGGUUGUCAAUACGAUAAAAUACGUUAAUGACAAUGGUCAUAUAAAGACUAGCCCUGUAUUCGUAUUGCUGUUGGUAGUGGUAAUUUACCCAACAUUUGCAGAGCUCUCUUUCUAUGAUAUGAAAACGUCAAGGGCUAUCCUCAAACUUAAUCACAAUUGUCUCGUACGACGAUCACAAUCUUAAUUUUUGAUCCAACCCCAAGAAUAAACUAAUCAAAAUAAGGCAUUUAUAAGUGAGUAAAAAACUUUGUUCUGAUUGGUUCAUUUUCGCGAUGGAUUGAAAAGUCUUUGUAUUCAAAGGGAUUUCUGUAAUAACGAUUUUAAACUUGAUCAUAUCCAGGAUAUCCAUGUCCGGUGUACGAUGUUCUAACUAACCUCAUUAGUUUAGUUAGAACAGCGUAGUAAUGAGACAUCACAGCGAUAAUCAUCCUCAUAACGUUAUUAAGUUGGCAACCCUGGUCGCAAUCUACAAAAAUACAAACGUGCCUACAUUACAUACGGUCUUUAGAAUUGGUCACACUUAAAAAGUCAUUGAGCAUAAGUUUAUUAUAUAUUUAAUAGUAUAUUAAAUAAAAUUGAUGUUUACUUUAAUGAAUUCACAAAAUUUGGCGUCGAUCAAAAUUUAAGUGGUACCUAGAUGUUAGUUUAACACGCGCGAGCUUAAAUUUUGUACCAAAAUAAAUAUUGUUUCAUUAUCAGAUGUUUAAAAUUGUGCAACGAAUUGUAAGUGGACUGCGCUUCUGUGUAUUUUGAAAAAUUACAUUAUGCCGUGUGCAAAAUCAAAACGCGCACUUAUGCAUAUUUGCAAAAUAAUAGCACCUAUGUCUUGCUAUGUCUAUCCAUGUCAUAUAAAGAUGGACGUUAUCGGUAUUUAGCAUUGUGUUUAUUUAUGGUCAGUGUUCAGGUGACGGAUGCCUACUUUUCUUUGUACUGUAGAAAAGUGAUUGAAGAUUUUUUUAUCAAAUCCCAUUUUAAGAAUCCAAUAUUACUAUAGUGUUUGAAAGUUUUCAUUUGAUUUGUUUUGUCCAAUACUAUCCAAGGCCGUGUUGUUAAACCAACCGCAUCCUUGAGUAAUGUCUUAAUAUACUAAACUUGAACUGUUAUUUGAGCGUCUCUUAGCGUAGUCAGCGCUGCUGUGUCUCAAUAUAUCAUUUGAGAUGUUAGUUAAAUAGUGACGCUCUUGAGAUGCUGUCUUUAACUUGGCAGCGACUUGGCUGAUAGCGCACUUCAGAGCGAAACUAAGUUGCGUCUAGUACGGCCUGAGAAGCUCUUCACAUUGAAACAAAUAGUAUAUUUUACAUCAUAGUAAAAAUAUCAUUGCCCAGCACUAGUCAUUGGGCACAGGGCAGGACCGCAGUCCACUCAACUAAGGAUGACAUUGUUAGCAAGUAAGGAACGUGUAUAAUUGUUGUACGGAUCGGAAGACUUGUCGGUUAGUUCGUACGAUGUUGAGACGGUAUGUGUCUGAGAAUAAAGCUAGUCAUGUGUUUA